GAAGCACCGAGGUCAGACAAGAGACUUCGGGACGCAUCUACGGGGUCCGUGAACUCACCAUCAUCGUCCGUCAAGGCACCAUCGAAGACUAUUUAAAGUCCAGCAUCGCUGACCCAUUUCUCAGAGCAGGAUGGAGAUGAGACGGAGUGUGGGACUGUGCUGCUUCCUGUUGCUGAUGGCCGCCACCCUCACCAGCGCCAGACCACGGUCAGGUUCUGCGCAGAAGUGCAAGUCCGGCCCGGUAGACCUGGUCUUCCUCAUCGACAGCUCCCGCAGCGUCAGACCUCACGAGUUUGAGACCAUGAGGAAGUUCAUGAUCGACAUCCUGGACACUCUGGACAUUGGACCCAACAGCACCCGAGUGGGUGUGGUUCAGUACUCCAGCCAGGUCCGGAGCGAGUUCUCGCUGAAGACCCAUAGCACGCUGGAGUCCAUGGUGAGGAACAUCAACAACAUCAUCCCCCUGGCUCAAGGAACCAUGACCGGACUUGCCAUCAGAUACGUGAUGAACGUGGCCUUCACCGCCGAGGAGGGAGACAGACCCAAGGUCCCCAAUGUGGCGGUCAUCGUGACGGACGGACGUCCCCAAGAUCGGGUGUCUGAGGUGGCGGCGGAGGCUCGGGACAAAGGCAUUGAGAUCUUCGCAGUGGGCGUAGCUAGGGCCGACAUGACAUCACUGCGUGCGAUGGCGUCGCUGCCCUUCGAGGACCAUGUCUACUUGGUGGAGUCCUUCGACCUGAUCCACCAGUUCGGUCUGCAGUUCCAGGACAAGCUCUGUGGAGUGGAUCUGUGCGUGGAGUCGGACCACGGCUGCGAGCAGAUCUGUGAGAGCUCCCCUGGGUCAUUCCACUGCCUGUGUCUGCCCGGAUACAGGCUUGACGCCAACGGCAAGACCUGCUCAGCCAUUGACCUGUGUGCGGAGGGGAAGCAUGACUGCGAGCAGCUGUGUGUCAGCUCACCUGGAGCCUUCACCUGCGACUGUAACGCAGGGUUCCACCUCAACCAGGACAAGAGAACCUGCAGCAUGAUUGACUUCUGCUCGUUCGGGAACCACAGUUGCGAGCACGAGUGCGUGAGCGUGCUGAACGGCUUCCACUGUCGCUGUGGUGAAGGAUACAGGCUGCAGCAGGACGGGCGGUCGUGUCGGGCCGUUGACUUGUGUGCUGAGGGGAAACACGACUGUGAGCAUGUCUGCAUCAGCUCUCCGGGCGUCUUCAGAUGCGACUGUGAGCCGGGACACACGCUCAACAAGGACCAGAGGACCUGCACACCCAUCGAUCUGUGUGCGGAUGGGAAGCAUGACUGCGAGCAGGUCUGCAUCAGCUCACCUGGAGCCUUCACCUGCGACUGCAACAAAGGGUUCAAGCUGAACAAAGACAAGAAGACCUGCACUAACAUGGACAUGUGUAACAGCGUGGAGCACGGCUGUGAGCACCAGUGUGUCAGCACACCAGGGUCCUACUACUGCAUCUGCCCCGAGGGACAGCUGCUGCAGCAGGACGGGAAGAGCUGCGGAACCUGCAGGUCGGCCACCAUCGACCUGGUUCUCCUGAUCGACGGCUCCAAGAGCGUCCGUCCACAGAACUUCGAGCUCGUGAAGAAGUUCGUCAAUCAGGUGGUGGAUUCUCUGGACGUGUCUCUGCACGGGACCAGGGUGGGUCUGGUCCAGUACUCGAGCCGGGUCAGAACGGAGUUCCCCCUUAACAUGUACCACACAGCCGAGGAGAUCAAGGCCGCAGUGAUGAAGGUGGAGUACAUGGAGAAGGGCACCAUGACGGGCUUGGCCUUGAAGCACAUGCUGGAGAACAGCUUCUCUGACGCAGAGGGAGCUCGCAAGAACAUCCCACGCAUUGGGUUGGUCUUCACAGACGGACGCUCACAGGACGACAUCACAGAGUACGCCAAGAAGGCCAAGGAGGCGGGCAUCACCAUGUACGCGGUGGGUGUGGGCAAGGCGGUGGAGGACGAGCUGCGAGAGAUCGCCUCAGAGCCGGUGGAGAAGCACUUCUACUACACCACCGACUUCAGUGCCAUCAGCACCAUCGCAGAGAACCUCAAGCUCAACGUCUGCCCGGCGGAGAGUCAGGGGGAGAUCGAGGUGAAGGACCCAUGCGCCUGUGAGAGUCUGGUGGAGUUCCAGCAGGCUACCAUGAGCAGCCUACAGCAGGUCACGCAGAAGCUGGCAGCUAUGACGGUUCGUCUGGAGCAGCUGGAGAAUCAGCUUCUCUCCAGGAAGUGAUGUCAUCGCAGCGAGUUGCAGUGAAGUGACAGACGAGGCUGCGAGCUUCGUUUACAUAUCUAAAACUGUACUGAGGACAAACCUGAAGGCUUCAGUUGCCCAGUUGCUAACCCAAAGUUAAGAAACCAUGUAUUUUGUAAAUGACCUUUUAAACCAUUCACAGUGCAGCCACGAGGGGCCGCUGUAGAGCAGCAACAUGGACGGUGUCAACGAGGAAAGUUCACCUCAAUGACGUCAUCGUCUGACAUGAUGACAUCACCGUGGCUCGGCGGCGUCUCUAUUUAUGCUU